GGGGGAUCAUCCGGGUCCCUGCGCGGCGCGGGCAGACUCGGGGCCGCCAUCAUGAAGUUGGUGCGAUUUUUGAUGAAGUUGAGCCAUGAAACUGUGACUAUCGAGCUGAAGAAUGGAACACAGGUGCAUGGAACGAUCACAGGUGUGGAUGUCAGUAUGAACACUCACCUGAAAGCAGUGAAAAUGACAUUAAAGAACAGAGAACCUGUACAGUUAGAGACUUUGAGUAUUCGAGGGAACAACAUUCGUUAUUUUGUUCUCCCAGACAGCUUACCAUUGGAUACUCUGUUAGUUGAUGUUGAACCUAAAGUCAAGUCAAAAAAGAGAGAAGCAGUUGCAGGGAGAGGCAGAGGGAGAGGUCGGGGCCGAGGACGAGGUCGUGGAAGAGGCCGAGGAGGACCAAGACGAUAGUGUACCAGCUCUACUCUGUGGAUUCUAUUGUAGAGACCAGUUGAGAUUUGUAUGCGUUUUGUUUGCUAAAGAAGAAUUUUGCAUCCAUAUUUGUUUUUAAUAAACUUAAUUCACGUAA